GAAUCAAGUAAUAUCAAAGUCCUUGCUGUCAGAACGAGUCGUCCUGAAUCGCUGUGCAAUUUAGGCAAAGAAAAUCAAUAAAGUGUUUUUCCAGGUUGUUGAAGUAAAAUAUACUUGAGCACAUAUAAAGUUUUAUAACAUGGCUUUUGAAGUGUGAAGUUGUUUUCGUUUUAAAGGAUCGCUAUGAACGAACUAACGACUGAUUAUGGAGCCACUAGUGGUGAAAACAACAGUAAUUCUGAAACAAAAUGUUUCAAGCAUUUACAAAAACUAUUCAUGGAAUUUAUAAGUACAAAGGAUUUGUUAACCGACAAUGUCAGAGAAUUCCAGUUAUACAAUAUGCUACCAUUGUUCUGUAAAUUGUUCGAAUCAUGCCAGGCAAGUGAUCUGCAUUUUCCAGACAUCUCUUUUUUCUGCCAACAUUUAUCGAAACUCAUGGUCACAGAAAUCAAAAGACGAGGAUCCAAUCAGAGCACAGAAACAGCUUCUAUGAAGAUAGUAGCUUUCCUCGAGUUUGAUGAAAAUAACGAACAUAGCAAUGGCUGGCUACUUUUGACUGCAGUUAACAUCAUGGCAAAUGGAGACAGAUCUUUGAUAGAAGUCAUGACUAAUGCUUCAAUUCCUUCGACCUUGGUGAAGUGUUUAUAUUUGUUCUUCGAUUUGCCUGAAAUAACUGAUUGCCAAGUUGAAAAACAAGUAAAGUUCACCAGACAUGAGAAACGUCUCAUGCUGCAGAAAGUGUUCGUACAGGUUCUAGUACGGCUUUGUUCUCAUCCGUAUCCAGCAGAAGAAUUAGCGCGUGUAGAUGAUCUAUCGUUACUAUUCUCAGCAAACACGUCUAAUUGUCCUCCGUACAACGUAAUAUGGAGAAAAUCUGCAGCAGAAAUUUUGACAACACUUUCGCGACAUGGUUUGACUAACUUUGUUGUGAGCUACUUGCACAGUAAAGGCUGUAUGUCGCUAUGCAUAGAUAAUAUGAGAAGAUCAUCACAACUACUACCAAUAGAAGUAGUGGAAAUGCUUGUAUCUGUUUUUUGUUUCCUCAAAGAUUCUAGCGCUGUAUCGCAGGUUUUAUUAGAUGACUUCAAAUCCUGUCAAGGAUAUCUUUUUCUUGUGGAUUUUCUAAUCAAAUUGGUUCAAGAAGGCCAAGAACUUCCAGAAACUGAGGCUGCAGUGAGGAACCUUGUUCUAAUGACGGCUUCAUUAUGUAUAUGCGGUUACAAUGAAUUGAAUGUGAAGAUCAACAACAUUAGUUUGUUUCAAAUGCAAGGCUUCAAAAUGCCUCAAAUAUCAAAUCGUGGAACUUGUGUACGAAAUCUGCAUGCUUUUCAAGUAUUGCAAACCGUGUUCCUCAAAACAGAAAGCCCUUCUCUAGGGUGUAUCAUUUUGGAUGCAAUAUCCAGUGUUUAUCAUUCUGAUAACGCAAAUUAUUUCAUUCUUGAAUCCCAAAACACGCUCUGUCAAUUUUCUGAAAUAAUCCACCUCAAAAGUAUUCCCGUUAGGGAAAAAUUCUUUGGACUGUUGGAAUUCAUUGUGUUUCAGUUAAAUUUUGUACCUUGUAAAGAAUUGAUUUCAUUGUCGCUAUUAUUGAAAUCUAAUCAUUCAAUCGAGUGCAGCAUCUUAUGCAUGAAAACGCUACUAAACUUAUUGAAACACAACAAUCUGUUUUGUGAUGUAUAUCGUGAAGUGGGCAUUUUGGAAGUGUUUGUCAAUUGCUUGAAGAAGUACAAAGUAUUUUUGGAGAAAUAUAACUCGAAUGAAACAGACCAACUAAACGUAUCGGAUAAGGACAACUUCGUUUUAGGAGACUUAGUUAUUGAAGCGCUGACCUUGUUAUUGAACGGAAAUAACAAUAAUGCCACUGUGUUUCGUAGCAGCGGCGGUUCUAAAUGCGCGCAGGACAUGAUACGAUUUGAAAGCUGUCAUUCUGCCGUUCUGAAAAUUGUUAAAGAAAUGAUAAUCAAUACUGGUGGAGAUGAAGAAAUGCUACGACUGGUAGAGAUUAUGCAAAAUGCUCCAUUCAGUGAAAUACAGUUAAAAAUCAACAUUUUGCGAUCGUUAGUGACCUGUCUCCGUGAUAGUCAUCGAACGCGAACUAUGUUCAGAAAGGUUAACGGAUUCAUCUCUCUUAUCAAAGCACUAGAAGCGUUGGAGGGCAGUUUAACUGAAAAUACAGAGCAUUCCAAGCUACAACAGCACAUGCUAUUGGUAUAUAUUAUUUGCCAAGUACUCACGACAGCAAUGCGCUUCGAACCUGCCAAUGCCAGGUAUUUUGAUCAGGAGUUAUGCUCUAACACUUUCUUCGACGCAAUAAAACAAUUGGGAUGUUUUGGUUCGACAUCAGUUAGAAAGGAUGAGUCAUUCUGUAACAUGGAAAACAUUAAAACAAUGAAUGAAAGUUUCAACCAGCUAUUUAUGCAGGAUUUCUCCGAAACCAGUUUUCCGAUAGUUGAACCCAUAUCAUUAUCGUGUAUUUGCGUAAUCUAUCGCAUUUUAUACAAUGUUGCGUUGGAUAGUUUCGAUAAUUCAGCGAUAAUUAUUCCGGGAUUAUCAAAUAGUUCAACUAUUUCUAAGGAAAACAUUGACAAUGUCGGAAUUUGGACGGAUUCCAGUGUGACACCCAACUCGACUCAAUCUUCAUAUUACAAUGAGCCAAUUGUACAUCAAGGUGUGGUUUUAUGCAUGCUGUUGCUACUGCAAUCAGUAGAGUGCAAAGAGAAUCCUGAAAGCGGAAUUGCUCUACAAUUUUAUUUGGCUGAAAUUCUUAAAAGUCUUGUGAGGAGUGAACGAAAUCAACAAAUUAUGUGCUCUGCGGGGAUGGCGGGUGUGUUGUUGAAAGUGUAUAAAUUGCCAUUGAUAGAGGAGCAACACGCAUUGCACUUGCCCUUACAAUACAUUUUCGAACGUUUAGCCGGCCAAACUUUGCUUCCGAAGGAAUUUAGGGAGUUUCUUCGGCUUGGAUGUUCCACAGAAGGCAUUAAUGAAAAUCUACAAAUCACCAAUUUGAUCCCCUUGACCAGGAUAAAAACUCUUGUUUCGAUGACAACACCGAGAGAUUUCCGAGCUCACGGAUCAUAUACAUUGCCUCCGUUUGUAGAAAUUGAUAUGCAUUCGGAAGGUUUUGGUUGUAUUUUUAUACCUAGUCUAGCACCCCAAGCACCGGUCAAUACUAAUAGUAGCAUUGAAAUGGGGACACAAGUAAUAGGAGGCAUCGGUACUGCCGACAGAUGUUUUCCCCCGAGUAUUGGAUUAAGUUACUCCACAUGGUUUUGUAUAGAAAAAUUUAGUGAUCCGCGUGUUGAUCCACAUUGUCUUCGUUUAUUCACACUCGUUCGUACAAUCAGCAAACCACGAGAGGAAAACUACGUGUGUUUUAGUAUUCUGUUAUCAGCCAAAGAUAAAGCAAUAAUCACAUCCACCCAAGAGAUUCCUUUGGAACAGAAAAAUGCUGAUUGGGAACCUAAUUAUUUGGAAGAUUACACGGUGAGAGUGUGGUGUCCUGGCAUGUUGACAGAAGGCCAGUGGCACCAUUUGGUUGUUACCUUGAAUAAAGCUGUAGCAAAAAACAAUAGUAUGUCAGUGUUCAUCGAUGGAAAUCACGUGCACACGGAGAGAAUUCAAUACAUUUCAACGCAUCCAGCGAAAAGCUCCAACAGUGCUUCCUCAGUUUUUGCAUACAUAGGAACACCUCCUAUUUGGAGGAAUUAUUCAAAAUUGUGUUGGAAACAAGGAGUAGCGCAUAUCGUUGAAGACGUUUUCACGCAUAAUACCGUUUCCAGGAUACAUGCUCUCGGGCCACACUAUUUAGGAUCAUUACAAGCUCCAUAUACCGACAUGGUGCAAGAUGACUCUGUCAGUCCGUUAGUACCAGAAGAACGUGUUCUAUUUGGUAUGAAUGCGAGGGCCAUCUCAGAACUAACGUUGUCAAAAAUAAGAAAAAUUUACAGCAAAAUCGACUGCAAAGCAAUUGCAAAGCAACUUGGAAUGAAUUCACACGAUAAUGUUACUCCAAUAAAGAUUUUGCACAAUUCAGCAGGUCACCUGGCUGGCGCAGCUCGUACACUGGGUGGUGUGAUGAUUGGAUAUCUAGGUAUAAGAUGUUUCAGUCCCAAUCCAGUUUCGGCUAUCAUAUAUACAGUCGGUGGAUGUAGUGUACUGUUGGGCAUUAUUGCCAUGUCUCAAAACGUGGAAAGUCUCUACGCCGGAGUGAAAGCUUUGACCUGUGUCAUUAAAUCCAAUAAAUCUAUCCAAAGCGAAAUGGAUAGAAAACGAUACUAUCAAACACUGGGGAUGAUUUAUAAAAAGAAUAAGUCUUUAUUGAAUUCACAUAUACUCCAUCUGACAUUCAAUCUAGUGGGCACCGUCAAUAGUGGCCAAGAGACCUCAGCCAUCCCAAAUAUUAUGUCUUUUCAGGACUUGCUCUGUGAUUUUGAAAUAUGGCUUGGUGCCCCAAACGAUCUAUUAAAAUCUCUAUUGGAGCAUUUGCUGGAGCUGGUAUCCGAGUCGAGCGAGAAACGUACUAACAUUCGUAUCAUGAGAGACUUGCAAUGUGUAUUCAAGUUGCUACAUAUCGUGGAGGACGUCUAUGACCAGGAUACAAGAAACGCACUUUACAUUCUUUUGGAAAUUUUGAUAGGCUUCCAACCACGCGUGAAUGAUUUGCUUUUGUUCGGUCAGAGUCUUGCCUAUUAUAUUCCUCAGCCUAUAGAUGACAACGAUAAAAAUAUCAACAUUUGUGAUUUUGUUUCGGACGGAGGCAUGAUAUUGCGUGACCCAACCACAUAUCGAAAUAAUGCAACAGUUCGAAGAAUAGUAAUACGCAACAGAGGAUUAUGUCUUUUACAUACUCUGCUAUUCACUCCGAAGAACACUGUCAACAGUUAUCUAACGGACGAAAUUUCCAAAGCGUUGGGCAUGGACUGGCUCAUGUUGUUCAUGCAACCUAAUGUGAAUUCUUCGACAGUUGUUUGGGCAAUGCGGAUAUUAGUUGUCGUAUGUGCCAACGAGACAAUUAUCACACGUUUUCGCGAAAGCGUAGUCUACAGUAACUACCUGAAGAACUCAGAAUUCAUGAUUCAGAAAAAAGACGUAAUACUGUUUACAUCGGCGCAAACCAGCGUUUCAUCCAAUUCGAAGACCCCACAAGAGCUCGUGAGUUCCGCUUCCGUGAGUGAUGAUUCUAGAACGAAAAUUUUGCAAACAUCAGGAUUCAACUAUUUGGAUUGGUUACUUCUGCAUCACAUAAGUAUUCCAGAACUAUAUUUCCUAUUAACUGCGUUAAUAAUGGGGCAGCCUGUGAAGAUGCUAGGUACAGAACACAUGAACCUCGAUUUAGACAGGAUCUGGACUUUCUUGUGGGGAACACCAGCAUCUAAUUCAUUCAGUAGCUCUUGUACACCAAAAAUGUCUAUAAACCCAGAAGCUGUAUGUAUAUUGCUGAAUAUUAUCCGAAAGAUAACUGCUACUAUUGAUAACGCCGAAUGGUUGGAUAACCAUCCCGUAACGCUCAUUCAAGUAUUGUUCUCAUUAUAUCAUAAUCUUCCCGACUUUAUGUCAAUAAUGAUGUUGGGAGAAGUGCUUGCUUCGCUGAUUGGAGUGAUUUUCCCAUAUAGCACUGCCUCUACUGAGUCAGAAACAAAUAGUAUUUCAUCUCCCUCAGAAGAAUUACUACCGUUCAAUGUUCGCAAAGAAGCAUCGAUGGAUAAACAAGAGCUGACCGAGCAUCCGGUUAGGAAAUUCAUCAUUGAUUUUCUCCGUGUAGUAAUGGUAGAUUCGCUUAGCUUGACGUGUAGUGGGAAAAGUACACCAGUUAUUGACUGUGUGCUGGAUGCGCAUCCCGAGAACAGCUCAUUCGAAGCGAGGCGCAUAUUUCUUACCGAAAUAGUAACUACUCUCAUGGAUCAUCUAUUAGCAGCUGAUAUUUUAGUCGGAGAACAAGCUGCUCUGCCUAUAGUUCCACUGCUUCAGAGUCAUGUACAGAAUAUAGUACCAAAUGUUUUCUACCUAACUGCUAGAAUCGUUGACAAGCUAUGGCAAUCACAACUCAAUAAAGAUCCACACGAUAUUUUCGAUUUUGUAGUCAAGUUGAUAACACAGGCCAAGAGACGUUCGACUAUCCCUUCUCUUGAUCACUUGUACCAUUCGCUGAAUCGCUGUAUUCUAUAUUUACUUUCACGACCUACGGAUACCGUUCCCGAUCAAAUGAUGGUUAUGGAAGCAUUACACAAAUUAACCACGAAUAGAUUAAUUAUUUUUGGCGCUGGUAAUCAUGAACUCGAAUUCAUUGGCUGUUUAACGUUUUGUUUAAUGCAAAUAACCGCUGAUGAACGAAUAAUUUUCAACACAAAGAGUAAAAGAGACUUGGAAUCUCGUACAACUACAUGGCACAUCAAUUCAAUUGUUUUAAAUGACGACUCACUGAACCAUCAUCAAGGAACCAAUUUAUUGGCGAAUGCUGCGUCCCGUGUAUGGGAAGAACUCUACGUGUGCAAAAAGCCUGCUAUUGAAGAAGUGUUCAAAGUUUCAUUGACUGCCCCAACGUGUAAUGCAAAAGCACCGGAUGUUGCUGUGACAAGAGAACAAAUAUUGGAUGCGGCAUUAAAACUGUGGCUGAACUAUGUGGACGUCGAAAGAAAAGCCCAAUAUCGUAUUCCGUGGGAAUUACACAAUAAUCUUCAAUCAAAGAUUCAGAAAGUGACAGGUAAUCUGACCAGAUUAGCGAGUCGUACCAAAGUGAAACGAGAAGAGCAAGCAAAGGCGAAACAGGAUAUUGAUAUGGAAACAGUUUAUCAACUGAAUUUAGUUAACUUGGAUCUGUUGAAAGAGUACUGGGAGAUGCGAAACGCACAGCAUACACAAAUGACUCAACAUACGCAGAGAUACGUGCAUCAGGAAUGGUUACAAUCGGAAGCUGAGCUAUUUCGAGAGAGAGGUUUGUGGGGUCCGAAAAACAACUUUUCAUUCACAAAGUGGAUGCUUGAUACCACAGAAGGACCACAUCGCAUGCGCAAAAAAUUGAUGAAGAACAAUCACUUCUAUGUCAAUUAUCCUUACAGACCAGAAUUGGAAUCCUCUGAUCAGGCAACACGUCAAUUGAAAUACAAAGUUGCUACUAGCUUUGACAGCAAAAAGUACCACGAUAAUAUACAAAACAUUCCAAAAGUGCUAUCGUUGCAAACAGAGCAGGAGAGUGUACCUUUGUCAAUCGUGGAAAAUUCAGAUCGGAAUAUUAAGAAUAAGAUUCAUAAUACAGUGCAAAGAUAUGACGGAGAAGAUGACGAUCAGGAAUUGCUGUCACCACCCGACAAUCAAACAUUGCUUCGGUUACUUGAGGAAAAGGAAAAGAUAUCGCACAUAUUUCGAUGUGCACGAAUACAAGGAUUAGACACUUUUGAAGGAUUGCUUCUCUUCGGAAAAGAACACUGCUAUGUUAUAGACGGGUUUACGCUUCUUAAGAAUCGUGAAAUCGGAGAUAUAGACUCGCUACCACUGGGGAGUUAUGAGCCCAUUCUGCCAAGUCCUGGUAGUACAAGAGUGUCCCACGAGAUGAGACAGAGUUCAAAGUUUGUUUAUGAAGAUAUCAGAGAAGUACACAAGCGAAGGUAUCUUCUUCAACCGAUAGCUCUAGAGGUAUUUUCCGGAGAUGGUCGAAACUUUUUAUUGAGUUUCCCUCGAAAAGUGAGAAAUAAGGUGUAUCAGAAACUUAUAUCGGUGGCUACUUCAAUUUCCAACGAUGCACAACAAUCAGUGGCGGGGCAAAGUCGUACUGCUAAUGUAGAACAAUCAUCGAGCAUAUUCAGCAGUCUCAUAGGCGAAACAUCAGUCACUCAACGCUGGGUGCGCGAUGAAAUAUCCAACUUUCAGUAUUUGAUGCAUUUGAAUACCCUGGCAGGAAGAUCAUACAAUGAUUUGAUGCAGUACCCGGUUUUUCCAUGGAUCCUUGCGGACUAUGAUUCUGAAAAGUUAGAUUUAUGUAAUCCGAAAUCAUUCCGAGAUUUUUCCAAACCAAUGGGAGCACAGUCGAAGGAGAGACUAGAACAAUUUGAAAAGCGUUAUAAGGAAUGGGACGAUCCUCACAGUGAAACUCCGCCGUAUUACUACGGGACACAUUACAGUUCUGCAAUGAUAGUUUGUUCGUAUCUGGUUCGAUUGGAGCCCUUUACGCAACAUUUUUUACGCCUACAAGGAGGUCAUUUUGAUCUAGCUGAUCGUAUGUUCCACAGCAUCAAAGAAGCAUGGCAUUCAGCAUCCAGACAUAACAUGGCGGAUGUCAAGGAACUGCUUCCUGAAUUUUUCUAUUUGCCAGAAUUUCUAUUAAAUUCAAAUAAUUUUGAUUUUGGCAUGAAGCAGAAUGGUGAAGUGCUCAAUGAUGUUGUAUUGCCCACUUGGGCGAAAAACGACCCUAGAGAGUUUAUAAGGAUACAUCGUGAGGCUUUGGAAUGUGAUUACGUUAGUCAAAAUUUACAUUUGUGGAUUGAUUUGAUAUUCGGGUACAAACAGCGUGGUCAUGCGGCAGUAGAAGCAGCCAAUGUAUUUCAUCAUCUUUUUUAUGAGGGCAAUGUCGACAUAUACAACAUUGAUGACCCUUUGAAGAAGAAUGCAACAAUCGGAUUUAUCAACAAUUUUGGCCAAAUUCCGAAACAGCUUUUUCGCAAAGCUCAUCCAGCAAAAAGAAUCAAUAAAUAUCAAAGUUUAGAUUCUAACUACACCGCCACGUCUAAUUGCUUAGGUGACAAACUUUUUUUUCAUAAUCUUGAGAAUUUGAAACCUAGCCAGCUACCCGUAAAAGAAGUAAAAGGUCCAGUGGGACAUAUGAUUCAGGUCGAAAAAUCAGUCUUGGCUGUUGAGCAAAAUAAAAUCCUAAUCCCGCCUAGCUUCAAUCGGUACAUAGCGUGGGGAUAUGCCGAUCAUUCAAUCCGCAUUGGCAUAUAUGAUUCGGAUCGAGCUCUUUUUGUAUGCGAGAAUGUAGCACCAGAUUCAGGAGAGAUCCUUGUUUGCGCUUGUCCCAGUCCGAAGACGGUAAUAAUGGCAGGCACUAAUUCAAUUUUAACUGUCUGUGAUAUCGACUAUAAGCAUAAACUGCUGCACGUGAGACACACUCUGCAUGGUCAUACGGACGCGGUUACGUCACUUUCAACAAGUGUAGCAUUUAAUAUUAUCGUAUCAGGAUCGAAGGACAAGUCGGCUAUAAUUUGGGAUAUGUCUAGAUACAAGUAUGUCCGACAGUUAACUAAUCAUGUUGGAGUUGUCGCUGCUGUCUGUAUCAACGAACUUUCGGGUGAUAUUGCAACCUGUUCGGCAACUUGGUUAUACGUGUGGUCUAUAAAUGGAGAUUGCCUUGCGAUGGUCAAUACGAGCGUUGGGAGUGCCGACCGAAUGCAACAAAUUUUAUGUGUAACGUUCUCUAGUAAGAAAGAAUGGGACAGUGACAAUGUCAUUACCACUGGAUCUACUGAUGGAGUAGUUAGGAUGUGGUCAUUAGAUCAUGUUCAAAUACCAACCAAUGUUCAAAGUGGCAGUAAUCGCCACGAAGAAGCUCAACCAGUUGAUUGUAUAAUCGCUGACAACUCCAUUUCAUCGUUAAAGUCUGGAUCCGUAGUCAAAACACCGUCAGAGAUCAUUGCACAAAAAGUUUCAGAGCAAGAUCAGAUUGAUCAAUCGCCAGGAGAAUCUAAGGUAGAUUCACCCAAUAGUGGUGAUGAGGUUGAGAUAGAUAAAUGCGAAUCAACAGUACGUUAUCAGUCUCUCAAGAACAACACACAUGACGUGAAACAGACUUUUUGUUGGAAUCGGCAACUAAUUUUUCGGUCUAAAUUGACCAUGCACACCGCUUACGACCGGAAGGAUAAUACUGAACCCGCAAGUAUUACUUCAUUGGCAAUCUCUAACGAUCAUCGUACUGUUUUUGUUGGUGACGCAAGAGGACGAAUCUUUUCUUGGAAUACAGCUGACCAACCUGGCAAAGUUGUGACCAAUAAUUGGAUUAGAGAUGGUAGCUCUGAUCAUUGUGUAGGAUGCCAUGUUCGAUAUAGCCGCUACGAGCGGAGAAACAUUUGUAGGAAUUGUGGCCAGGAGUUUUGCAGUAAAUGUUGCUAUUUUGAAUCAGCCAUAUUCCAAUUAAGAAUUCGUAUGCCCGGACGUGUCUGCAAAACAUGUUACUCUCAACUGAAAGAUAUAUAAUGGCAAUGAUAACAAUAAUAUAUGUAUAAUAAUUAGAACAAAUUAAGACAAUAUUGUAUAAAUUAGGAGUUUUGUAAAAAAUAUUCGUUGUGUUUAAACAUAGUUUCGAUUAGUAUUACGUCGUUUGAAGCGACGGUUGGUGUAGUGCUGAAUGGUAGUGAAUGGUAGAGGAAUAAAGUGUGUAAAUUCAA